CGUGUAAUUCUCCUUUCAAGCAAACGAGCCAAACAAAUUGAGGUUAUUUCGCUUACUUAUCUUGAACAAAAGAUCAACCCGUUCUGUGCAAUCGAGAAAGAAACUUCUGUUUCUCUUUAACAAACUUCAAUCUCCAAAGACAAGACUCGUAUCUCAGAAACAUGUUUCUUCAACCAUCUCUUCACAAUCACCACAACAUUUCUCUCUCUUCAACCCUCUCUUAUUCUCAACUUCUUACAUGUAAAGUUCCUCCUUUUACCCUUCUCCACGCUGUAGAGUACCAGAAACUCCCCAUCAUAAGAUGCUCUAUUUCGCAAACUCACCACUAUGGGACGGCGGACUUUGAGCGAAGACCCAUGAUCAAAUGGAAUGCUAUUUACAAGAAAAUAUCCCUAAUGGAGAACCCUGAAAUGGGUUGUGCUUCUGUGUUGAAUCAGUGGGAGAAUGGUGGCAGGAAGGUUACAAAAUGGGAGCUUUCUAGAGUGAUUAAGGAGCUUAGGAAGUUUAGGCGCUACAAGCAAGCUCUGGAGGUGUGUGAUUGGAUGAACAAUAGAGGAGAGAGGUUCAGAUUAUCUGCUAGUGAUGCUGCAAUUCAGUUAGACCUAAUUGCCAAAGUUCAUGGAAUAUCUACUGCAGAAGAUUUUUUCCUACGGCUCCCUGAUACUUUAAAGGAGAGGAGAGUAUAUGGGGCUCUUCUGAAUGCCUAUGUUCGGGCUAGAAUGAGAGAAAAUGCCGAAAAAUUAUAUGAUAAAUUAAGAGAUAAGGGUUAUGCUAUGCACUCGCUUCCAUUCAAUGUGAUGAUGACUCUUUAUAUGAAGCUCAAGAAGUAUGAUAAAGUUGACUCAAUGGUUUCAGAAAUGAUGGAGAAAGGCGUACGACUAGAUGUAUAUUCAUACAACAUUUGGCUAUCAUCUUAUGGGUCCCAAGGAUCUGCAGAAAAGAUGGAACAAGUAUAUGAACAGAUGAAAAUGGAUAGAGCUGUUAAUCCGGACUGGACUACAUUCAGCACAAUGGCGACAAUGUAUAUUAAGAUGGGACAGUUUGAAAAGGCUGAAGAGUGCUUAAGGAGGGUAGAGAGUAGAAUGAACGGUCAGUAUAGGAUACCUUAUCAUUAUCUCUUAAGUCUGUAUGGUGGUGUUGGUAAUAAAGAGGAGGUAUAUCGGGUAUGGAAGGCUUACAAAUCGAAUUUUCCUAGUAUUCCUAAUUUGGGGUACCAUGCUAUGAUCUUGUCUUUGGUUAAGAUUGGUGAUAUUGAAGGGAUGGAGAACAUAUAUGAGGAAUGGCUGUCAGUUAAGUCGUAUUAUGACCCUAGAAUAGCAAAUCUUCUCCUGGGAUGUUAUAUUAACGAAGGAAAUUUUGAUAAAGCUGAGACUUUCUUCAAUCACAUGGUUGAAGUAGGAGGAAAGCCAAAUUCAACGAUGUGGGAGAUUCUUGCCAAAUGGCAUAUUGGAGAGAAGAGAAUUCUUGAUGCUUUGUCUUGCUUAAAGGAAGCUUUUGGAGCUGUGGGAGUUAAGAAUUGGAGGCCAAAACCUGUAAAUGUGCUUGCCUUCUUUAAACUCUGUGAUGAAGAAUCCAACAUGGUUAGUAAAGAGGUUUUGGUGGGAUUAUUGAGGCAAUCUGGGUAUCGUAAAGACAAAGCUUAUAUUUCAAUGAUUGGCUUAACCGAUGAGACUUUUAAUACAAAUGUUUUAUCAGAGAUUGACAGGACUGACUAUAACAAUGAUAGUGGUGAAGAUGAAGAUCAAACACUUCUUAGCCAACUGCAGAGUAGCCUGUGAUUUAUCUUCUUUCUCCUUUUACUUCAAAUAUCACAAAAUAGUUUUGUACCUUUUAAAAGUGGAUGAUUGUGCAUGGGGUGAGGUGCUAAAGAUUUGAGUUCGGCUCACAGCAACUAGGAGUCAGCUUUGCCGCAAUAGAGGGUGCUUGUCAUCUCUAUUUCACCUGUUUAAUAUUGCUUUUAUCUUUACGGUAUUCUUCUGUAGCCUUUGGCUAGUAGAAAUUUGGCCUUAGCCUUACAGUUGGUUCAGGGUUUUUUUUUUUUUUUGAGUAUUAUUAAAUGUUUACCACAUUUUAAUCUGUUAGGUUUUCUUUCUGAUGAUUAAAGUCUUCCUUCAGGGCAUUUGAUGGGACUUUUGUUUCAGAAUGAAUCCUUCAGGGCAUUUUCUAGGACCUGUCGGUUUCAGAUUGAGCAAAGACAUUGCUUUGCCUUGGCUGAAAUUGUUUGUGAGUACUGUGGACAAGCUUUGCCCGCAUUUUAAGAAUAAACAGAAAGAAAAUUGAGGACUGAUACUUGCGAGGGACCAGGGCUGGAUGCAAUCUGAGCUGGUUUGAGCUCAUUUUAUAGUUCGGAUUAAACGAGUUGAGUUUGAGCUCGAGCCAAGUUCUAAUUGAUUUGUACAAUUGAGUUCAAAUUCAGCCCAAAUUGAAUUCAAAGUUACUUUCAAGUCAAGUUUGUGUCUGGAUAUUACAGCUUGAGCUUGCUUUCAAGUCAAGUUUGAGUCUUGAUAAUACAGCUCUCUCUCAAGUUAAAAGAAGCUCCAGCUCGUCAAUUUCAGGUUGAUCUCCAGUCUGCUCUUGUUCCAGUUUGGCUUACAUCAAAUUCUGCCUAGAACUAUACAAAUAGAAACCUAUACUCAGUCAUGAGAACUUCCCGCCAAUCCGCCCCUUCAAGAAGUAGUUGACUUUUGGGAACUUGAUUAAGAACACAAAAGAUGAAUCUUGGACUUGUUGGAUUCCAGUUCAGUCAAAUUUGUCACCUUCUGAGAAUGAAAUUCUGUUUCCAUCCUUGAUUGAACACACAAUGUUAGAAUUACCAAUAAUGCUUUUGUUCCUCUCUUCUUCAA